GCGCAAAUUGUAGCCUCUCAAAUAAGAUCUACCCAUUGAGUGUCUUCUCCCCCAUCAUUCAAAUCCAUUUUCCCUCUAUAUUCUUUUUCUUCAUCCCACGAUGGCUUCUAGAGGUUUUUCUAAGGCUCUUCGUAGCCAAUUGGCCCGUCGUGUGGCCUCGCCUGCUGUUCAGAGACGCUCUUUCGUCGUGGCGUCUAACCUCACCAGAGCUACCCCCACCGCCCGUGCUGCUCUCAACGGUUUGCAACAACAGGUCCGUGGUGUCAAGACCAUUGACUUCGCUGGAACACCUGAGGAGGUCUAUGAGCGUGCCGACUGGCCCAAGGAGAAGCUCUUGGACUACUUCAAGAACGACACCCUCGCACUCAUCGGCUACGGCUCCCAGGGUCACGGCCAGGGUCUUAACCUCCGUGACAACGGCCUGAACGUCAUCAUCGGUGUGCGAAAGAAUGGUCAAUCGUGGAAGGAUGCUCAACAGGACGGCUGGGUUCCCGGCAAGAACCUUUUCGAGGUUGACGAGGCCAUCUCCAAGGGUACCAUCGUCAUGAACCUACUCAGCGACGCUGCCCAGAGCGAGACAUGGCCCGCCAUCAAGCCCCAGCUGACCAAGGGCAAGACCCUAUAUUUCUCCCAUGGUUUCUCCCCCGUCUUCAAGGACGUUACCAAGGUCGAUGUCCCCAAGGACAUUGAUGUCAUCCUCGUUGCCCCCAAGGGCUCUGGCCGAACCGUUCGAUCGCUCUUCCGUGAGGGUCGUGGUAUCAACUCUUCCUACGCCGUUUUCCAGGAUGUCACCGGUAAGGCCGAGGAGAAGGCUCAGGCCCUAGGUGUUGCUGUUGGCAGUGGUUAUCUCUACAAGACCACCUUCGAGAAGGAGGUCUACUCCGACUUGUACGGUGAGCGUGGCUGCCUGAUGGGUGGUAUCCACGGUAUGUUCUUGGCCCAAUACGAGGUACUCCGAGAACGUGGCCACUCUCCCAGCGAGGCCUUCAACGAGACCGUUGAGGAGGCCACCCAGAGCUUGUACCCUCUGAUCGGCGCCAAUGGUAUGGAUUGGAUGUACGAGGCCUGCUCUACCACUGCCCGACGUGGUGCCAUCGACUGGACCCCCAAGUUCAAGGAUGCCCUGAAGCCCGUCUUCAACUCUCUAUACGACUCCGUUCGUGACGGUUCCGAGACCAAGCGAUCGCUCGAGUACAACAGCCAGAAGGAUUACCGACAAAAGUUUGAGGCGGAGAUGGAGGAGAUCCGCGGUAUGGAGAUCUGGAGGGCCGGCAAGGCUGUUAGAUCUCUCCGACCUGAGAACCAAAAAUAAGCUGGAUCUGGUGUCUAAAUAAAGGGAAACCAAAAAAAGGGUAGUAUAUCGGAACGGUCAAUAUAAAAUGGCGACGGCAUAUUCCCCGGGGUAAAAGGAAAGAGUCAUUGUAACUUGUAUUCAGGAUUCGCCGAAGGUUUAUCACUCUCUUACGAGGAUCUUUCGGGACGCAGAUCUAAUAGUUCAGGGCUUCGUAGUUGCAGUGCAUUUUAUUGAAGUUUGUUCCAAAUGAAUCAUCAUCGUUUUGUCCUUUCCUGUCCUAUAUUGUCCUGCGCUCUUCCUAUGGGUG